AUGCCACCUCAGGCGAGUGUCGAGAUUCCAGUGCCCAGUCGGCCAAUCACGAACGGCACCGCAUCGAAAGGCAAAGCAUCCGUUAAAUCAUCGUCACGCGGUAGAGUAUACGGAGACGAGCCACUGCCCGUCAAGCCGUCUGAGGAGGCUCCAGAGCACGCCCGGAUCAUCGGCCGCACGGUAGACAGCAAUGGCGUCAAAUACACUCUCAAGAUAGGUGAAGUCCCGAUCAAAGAUGUCGGCGUUGAAGAGGUGCUGGACUACGUCUCAGCUUUGGAUCUUGAGGAGUAUGAAAAUCACGAAUUCGAGCAGGAACGGGUUGUGCUGAAGCUCUUAGACGCCGAAAAGGAACGACUGGAGCAAGAAUCUGUAGCACGCAAGAAGGAACAUGCGAAGAGGAAAGGCGUCGUGAUCUACCAGUCUGAAACCGACACUGACCAAGAGAGUGGCGGUGAGGAAGAAGCAUUUGGGAAGCAUGGAAGGAAGCGCCCAACGUACACGCAGUUCUACCUCAAGAAGCCGCCGCGCGCCACGACUGGACCCAGCACGGAGGAGGGCGAUGAUGUUCGUGAUCAAGGAGCUAUGGCGCCUCCAGCACCUCCCGUUUCAUCCCACCACCCUAGCGAACGAUCUGCUGCCCAGUAUGAGGAGCUUCCAAAGCGCCGCCGUCGAAAGCGAGAUCCAGUCACUGGCGAGCUGCUGCCUCUGGCCCCUCUUCCUGGUGAAUCAGACUCCUGGCGGAAGCGACCAAGGCGGCGACGACACCCUUUGACCGGCGAACUCAUGCCGCUCGGAUGGAAGUUUGACCCUGAUGCGCCGAGCGAGCGAGCAGCUCCGUCGCCUUCCUUCCGCAAGCUGAGUAUCAUAGAUGACGAGCCAGGAGCCAAGCGGCAAAAGCUCGAGACUGAGAGCGAGACAUCAAGAUCCACGACUCCAGCUCUCACGAAUGCGGAGAUCGCUGCCUCAUUCACCACACAGCUUCCCGCUACCAAACCCACCCCCAGCAAGCGCGAGGUCGUCGAAUUACUCUCUUCAGAAGACGAGGCUGAUGUGGAUGGCCGCGCUCGCAGUAGCGUCCUCAAGUCGUUCCAGAAACCACCUUCAUCUGGCCGGAAAAUGAAUAUGCUCAAGCCUGGGCUUUCAGCUUCCGCGACAGCAACCUCCUCCGAAGGUGAAGCCGCCCCGCAAGCCAUGGCAACGGCUGUCAAGUCUGAGGUUUCGCAACUUAGCACCAGCCCUGUCAAGACAUCUAUCAUGAACCCUUCUGCCUCGCAGGCCGAUGAACCCGAAGAGGAGAGCGAGGAAGAGUGGCUGGUAGACAAGAUACUCGGCCACAGCUUCUCAGAUCCGAAGACCCACCCUACGGAGCUUGGGAAGAAGCCUGUCAUCUUGUAUCAGGUGAAAUGGCAUGGCUUUGCGCAGCCGACUUGGGAGCCCAUAGACAGCUUCGGCGACUUGGGUGUUGUGAACGCUUACCGCAAACGAGCUGGGCUACCUCUGGAAUUGAGCGACAGCGGCACAAGCAAGGAGAAGGAUAGCGUUGCACUGCCGAACCGCUCUCUAUCGCCGUCGAAGACCAUGAAUGCUGGAAAGCCCAGUGGCGCUUCGCAGAAAGUAAGUGCCACAGAUCCGGCGCCUGAGUACGAAGUUGAGCGCAUCACCGCUCAUCACCUCUCCGACCCACGCACGCACCCUCCGGGUCUGGGCAAGAAGCCUGUGAUGCUCUAUCAGGUCAAGUGGAAGGGCUAUCGCGACAUGACAUGGGAGCCGGCGACGAGCUUCGCUGACAAGGGCAUCCUGAAUGCAUACAAUCGGCGGAAUGGUCUGCCAAAAUAUGAAGGCGAGGACGAGAGCAUGGAGGACGCGGCAUGA